UGCACACACCUCACCUUUGGUGUUUAUAUUUGUUUUUUUUUAAAUUGACUCCUUGCUUCUGAAUAGAGCAGGCAGCAGCCUCAGUUCUUAGAAAGGUAUCUGGAGAUGGACAGCUCCAGAAAGCAGGGAGACAGGCUCCAACAGAUAAGGGCCAUUGCUUCUUGACGAGCGCAACAGUAGCAGGGCCAUUCCUGGUACUGGCUGGAUGGGGGCCAGACGGAGAAGAUCUUGCUGUGAGCCAGACAGGGAGGCAGAGAGCCCCCGGGGAGGCCUACCCAGUGCCCUGGGUCUCUGUGCCGCCAUCCAACUAGCCAGAAAGGGCUGAGGGACUUAAAUGUCUCCUGCAAGGUGGAGCAACCUGCUGUCCUUGCGUCCCCUGCCAUGGGAAGCCCUCAGGAGGACAGCACUGUCCCAGGGGCUGCUCAGGGUGGGACAGCCGGCUCAUGUCCCCCUGUGCCAGGGUGGUCGGAGACUCAGCCACAGCACUGAUCCCUAGGAAGGGCAGACAAACGUGCUGUGUGGGGGCUGUCGGGCGAGAUGAGGCGAUGCCGGCAGGGUGCCAGCCCCCGACAGGGUCGACGAGCAGUUAUCUCGGCUCGCACACGCACCCUGCACGCAGGCAGAUGCGACUGGUACGCUCUGUGCUGCUGAUUGCCUCACCGACAGCAGCGGCGCGGGAGGACGCGGCUUCACGGGUGCGCUUACACGAAACGAAUGGCGCGGGGAUGCGGGGGCACCGGGGCUCGGCUGUCUAGUUCAGCUCCUACGGUGGCACAAGCACCCUUUUUUGGGACUGCACCUUCGCUCGCUGACGCGCUCGGUGGCCCCCGUGGAGAGUGUAGUGCCCGGCACACCGGCUGGAAUGCUUUUACCUGUAGCCCUACGCCAGACCUCUCCGGCACUCUCCGCCUCCACACAGGGGUGCGUGUGACACAGCCAUUGCCCCUACCCCCCUCGGGACACCGUGCCGGGGACCUCCGGCUCUGCUGCCUACAGCCUCCCUCCCCGCUCGUAGUGCGUUAAGGGCGCCGCUGCCCCGUUCACAUCGCGGGCAGGGUUCUGGCCUCCGCGAUCCACAACAGCACCCUUGUCUCUCCUCGCCCGUGGGACACUCUCGCAGAGCAGGGAAAAUCAGGGUGUGCAGACCCCACCGCUCCGUCCCGUCCCGUCCCGCGCGGGCUCCGAGCGCGGUCGGGGCAGCGGCAACCGCCGACCCCCGCCCGCCGGGACAGCCCCGCCGGAGGGGGCGUGGCUCCGGCUGCAGCAGAGCCAAUGGCAAGCGGCAGCGGUGAAUAUCAAUGAGGGCCGGACCAAUCGGGGCGCAGCCAUGCUGUUAACAGCUUAGGGGCGCGGGGCGGCGCAGAGCAGCGCUGCUGCCUAGGGGAGCGGAGCGGUGCCGGGCUCCGAGCACCGCGCUCCCCCAGCCCGCCCCGGCCCCGUUGCCUCGGCCCGGCUCGCCAUGGCGGUGGCCGUGGACGAGAGCGCCUUGCCCUCUAUCUCUACUUUCGCCAACUUGAUGCCGCUAGAGGAGCGGCCCGCCGACAUGCUCCACAGGAUGCUACAGCAGGAUGGCCCCGCUGCCGUCAAGCGGGAGGAGGACGACCUGGGCAAGUUCGUGGACUUGGACUUCAUCCUGGCGCACACCAGCAGUGGCGGGCAGGGGCCGACCGGCCCCAACUACCCCCUGCCCGAGACCCCCGAGAGCUGUGGCACGACCUACGACAGCGACGGCUCGUAUUCCACCCCGGGCAAGUUCCCGGCGCCUUACCCCGAGGGCCAGGGCCACAGCUACGUGGCUGAGCUGCUCACCCCGGACCUGCCCGGCCACUACGACCUGCAGCGGAGGGAGUACACGGAGCUGCGGGUUCCCGGCGGCCCCCACCACCACCCUCACCCCCAUCACCACCCGCCUCUCCACUCGGCCCUAGCCCGCCCACUGCCCCUGGACCCCGCGCAGUCCUUCGUGCCCCGCAUCAAGAAGGAGCAGCCAGAGGAGCGCGCCUGCAUGUUGGGGAUGUCCGCCGCCGAGUACCUGGGACCGGGCGGCGGCGAGCACAAGCCGCGCGUGGCGCCGGGUCCCGGCCCGGGACCGGUGCCGCCACUGCCCUACCCGGGAUUCCCCCACGGCCGCUUGGGGCCCCCUGAGGAGCCGCUGUCUGGCGCCGAUCCCCACCUCUUGGGCGACCUGCCGCCCCACUACGCCGUGGCCCCGCACCGCUAUGCGCCCCACUUCACCCCCCAGCCGCCGCCGCAGUUUCAUGGACAUUUCAGUGUUUUCAGGGAGCCCCUGAAAGGGCCGGGGCCAGGGCCGGGCCCGGCGGGGCUGCCCGGGUUGCUGGUCACGCCGCCCAACUCCCCGGUGCUGGAAUACUUCCCGGCCGGGGCUCCCCCCGAGGACUGCAAGCCCAAACGCGGCCGGCGCUCGUGGGCGCGCAAGCGAACGGCCACGCACAACUGUGAAUACCCGGGCUGCGGCAAGACCUACACCAAGAGCUCGCACCUCAAGGCGCACAUGCGGACCCACACGGGUAAGGGCGCGCCGGGGCGGGGACACGCGCAGAGGGUCCCGGGUGGGGGCACCGCGGCACGUGGCGAGAAGCCCUACCACUGCACCUGGGAAGGAUGUGGCUGGAAAUUUGCCCGCUCCGAUGAGCUGACCCGCCACUACCGCAAGCACACAGGGCACCGGCCGUUCCAGUGCCACCUCUGCGAGCGGGCUUUCUCCCGCUCAGACCACCUUGCUCUCCACAUGAAGCGGCACAUGUGAGCAGUGGCUGCAGCCAGACUCGAUGUCCCAGGAGCCAGCUCACGGUGUAAAUAGUGUUGGGCCAGGGAUGGCAAUGGGGGGUUGCAGCUUUGGCAACCCAGCCCUCUCUGCUUAUAGUUGAUAAGUAGUUUUCUCCUCCUACCCCUGUGAGAGCUGGCCCAGCCAAGUGGUGGGAAAGGGCUGCUUUGGGGAUGUAUGUGGGGAGAAAAACUGCAGGAAGCACCUGCCCAGGCAUCACCACUCAGCUCCCCAUGACUGGAGGGUUCCCCCCAGCCAGGUACCUGGUGAGUGGGGGGGCUGGUGCAUAAGGGAUCUGUCCCCAGAACUCCUGGCUUGUAUUUGGCAUCAACUUAACCUUUCCCCAGAUUCUGGCACCCCCCUGGCUCUAUGGGCUGUGCUGGCUGACUGGCUGUUUUUUGGCUAGAGAGCCAUGCCAGUUUAGCACAUUGGUUGUGGUGCUGGGCAAUGGGUUGCUGGUCGUCUCAGUUGUGAUCAUCAGAACAAAUCUCCUGACCCAAAGCCCGGAGUGGAUGUGUGAGGGUGGGAUUUGACUGGCUCAUGCUAUAAAAGUUUGGAGGUGUUGGCAGCACAGCAUCACCUUCCACAGAGGGCCAGGAUGCUCCUGUCACCAGCCUGGGACCCCACUGGUCAGCCCAGCCCUGACCAUUCCCAGUUUUCCACUCAAGAGCCUAAAAUGUCUCUCCUGGCUCUUGUCUGCUUUAUUUUGUCUUGUUCUUCCCCUCAGGAUGACACCAGGUACUGCUGCAGCUGCCUUCCCCAUGCUGCUUUUUAAAAUUUAGUAUGUAAAGGACAGUGAGUCCAGCUAUGAAUACCCAGGUCUCUGCUAUACUUGAAACUUUUGUAGGAGGGGGGGGACAAAAAGAAAGCUCAAAGGAAAAUGAGUCUUUUUAUGUGCAGCUUCUGCAAAGCAAGUUGUAAAUUAAACAAAGCAGUAAUAUAUAAUGUUUCUGUUUUUUUAAUAUAUUUUUUUCUUCCAGCUGGGAACACAGAUGAGUCUCAGCUUUGGGAAGUGCACUGUUCCCAUCUGUGUAUAUUGUUAAUUAACAUUUCUCUGCUUGGGCACGUUAGGUCUCUUGCACUCUGAAAUGUUACUUUUCUUUAUAUGCAAACUGUUGAAAUAUUGUGAUCUGCUGUAUAAUAAAUAAACAAGAUGUAAACAUGAAA